UGUUCAUCUCCAUCUGUACUAAACCACCACUGUACUUCCCAAUUUUAAUCUCUGCUCCAAUUCCUUUCUAGGGUUUCUCUGACACUUCCAAAUUUAUCCUUCCCCCUCCUUCCAUCUCAAUCUCCCAAUUCCUUUCUCGAUUUUCCCCGAAUCCCUACCUUCAUGAUCCUGCUCAACAUUCUCCUUCCCCUGUGCUGCCCGCGCCUGCCACGUCCUUGAGCUUGAAGAAUCCUCUUCUUUGGCCCAUCACUGCUCCAGAUUUUUUUUUACGUCCUAUUGCUACUUCGAACAUUUGGAGAUACCGAUUUUUGUGAUCUGGGCUGACUAGGGUUUUCAAUUUUAAGGUAUGGAUGUCGAUGGAGGCGGUAAGCGCGUUUUUCAGAGGCUGGGCGCACCUUCCGGGGAUGGUAGGAAUCAGAAGGUCUGUUACCAUUGGAGAGCGGGUAAAUGUAAUCGUUAUCCAUGUCCUUUUCUUCACCGAGAGUUAAAUGCCCCUCCUCAUGCGACUUCGAAUGGAGCUACGAACGCUGCUCCCAAGAGGGGUAAUGGGUUCUCUUCUGAUGAUUCGAGUGUGUCUGUUCCCCGACGGAGUCCCAAUUUUAGCGGCGGCUCGACGUGGGGACGAGUUCAUGGUGGUGGUAAUAGAGUAGUUAAAAAGACAGAGAAGCUUUGUAAUUUUUGGGUUCAGGGGAAGUGUGGUUAUGGCGAUAAGUGUAGAUUCUUGCAUACUUGGAGUUUGGGGGAAAGUUUCUCGCAUUUAACGCAGCUCGAUGGGCAUCAGAAGGUUGUAACUGGGAUUGCUUUUCCAUCUGGUUCUGAUAAGCUAUAUACGGGUAGCAAGGAUGAGACCGUCAGGGUAUGGGACUGCCAGUCCGGGCAGUGCCUGGCCGUUAUUAAUCUUUGCGGAGAAGUUGGUUCCAUGAUUACUGAAGGCCCUUGGGUAUUUGUUGGCAUACCUAAUUGUGUUAAGGCAUGGAACAUUCAGACCUCAGCUGAUCUGAGUCUUAGUGGACCCGUUGGCCUAGUUUAUGCCCUUGUUGUGGGCAAUGAUUUGCUAUUUGCUGGUACACAGGAUGGGUCAAUAUUGGCCUGGAAAUUUAAUGUGGCAACCAACUGCUUUGAGCCAGCUGCAUCACUCAACGGUCAUACCCUUCCCGUUGUUUCUUUAGUUGUCGGAGCUAAUAGGCUCUACUCUGGUUCCAUGGACCAUUCUAUCAAAGUAUGGAGUCUGGAAUCUUUACAAUGUUUACAGACUCUGACAGAUCACACAUCAGUUGUAAUGUCUGUGCUUUGCUGGGAGCAAUUCCUUUUGUCGUGUUCACUAGAUAAGACAAUAAAGGUGUGGGCUGCUACAGAAAGUGGAAACUUGGAAGUAACUUACACGCACACAGAAGAUCAUGGCCUGCUUACCCUCUGUGGGAUGCAUGAUUUAGAUGGCAAGCCUAUUUUGUUAUGUUCGUGCAACGACAACUCAGUUCGCCUUUAUGAUUUGCCAUCGUUCUCUGAGAGGGGUAAAAUACAUUCCAAGGGAGAAAUUAGAUCAAUUCAGGCUGGUCCAGGCGGCGUGUUCUUUACCGGUGACGGGACGGGACAAGUGAAAGUAUGGAAGUGGUCAGCCGAACAUGCAGCGGCGGGCAUGUAAAAUGUUAUGAACAAAACACAGUGUAACGUAAUUUGGUCUAUCAGCUUGUCUGGUUAGUUUAUACGUAUUUUUCGGGGAGGUGAGGGUCUAGUUGGUUCCUUUGUAAUGCACAAGUUGCAGAGGGAGUUGAGGCUGAGAAUGGUUUUUUUUUUUAUAAAAAAUGUCUUUGUAGGGAGCAGACAUUUAGAUGGAAUUGUUUACACGAUGAUGAAAGUCUGAAUUUGCAGAGUGGUGAAAAGUUGUAGGUGCGCGGUUUAGAAGAAAUAUAGCGCUGAAUAAGACCCAC